UCGCCUUUUUUUGUUUGCAGUGGAAACAAUUUCUCGCCGCUCGGCGCGCCCCGGCCCGACGCGCCGCGGCGGAGGCGAGCGGGAGGCGGGACGGGGCGGGGAGAGCGGCGGGGCCGGCGGGAGGACGCGCCGCGCGCCCGGCGGACGCCGCAGGUCCCAUGCCGCGCCGCGACCCCCGCGCCCCUGCCGCCCGUGCCCGCGGCCGCCCCCCGCCGCCCGCCGCCCCGGGCUCGCCGCGCCGCGCCCGCGCGUCCUUAGCGGGGCCACCGAGCGAUGCCCGCCGGGCUCCCGCGAAAGUUUGUCGGCUCCCGCUGAAGGGCAGCGGCGCCCCCGCGCCCCCGCGCCCCGCUCCGGCCAGGAGCCUUCACAUAAAUGGGUCCAGUCAUGCCUCCCAGUAAGAAGCCAGAAAGCUCAGGAAUUAGUGUCUCCAGUGGACUGAGUCAGUGUUACCGGGGCAGCGGUUUCUCCAAGGCCCUUCAAGAAGACGAUGACCUCGACUUUUCUCUGCCUGACAUCCGAUUAGAAGAGGGGGCCAUGGAAGAUGAAGAGCUGACCAACCUGAACUGGCUGCAUGAGAGCAAGAACUUGUUGAAGAGCUUUGGGGAGUCGGUCCUCAGGAGUGUCAGCCCCGUCCAGGACCUGGACGACGACACCCCCCCGUCCCCCGCCCACUCUGACAUGCCCUACGAUGCCAGGCAGAACCCUAACUGCAAACCCCCCUACUCCUUCAGCUGCCUCAUAUUUAUGGCCAUCGAGGACUCUCCAACCAAGCGCCUGCCGGUGAAGGAUAUCUACAACUGGAUCUUGGAACAUUUUCCGUAUUUUGCAAAUGCACCUACUGGGUGGAAAAACUCAGUGAGACACAAUUUGUCAUUGAAUAAGUGUUUUAAGAAAGUGGACAAGGAGAGGAGUCAGAGUAUUGGGAAAGGGUCGUUGUGGUGCAUAGACCCAGAGUAUAGACAAAACCUAAUUCAGGCUUUGAAAAAGACACCUUAUCACCCACACCCACACGUGUUCAAUACACCUCCCACCUGUCCUCAGGCAUAUCAAAGCACAUCAGGUCCACCCAUCUGGCCGGGCAGUACCUUCUUCAAGAGAAACGGAGCCCUUCUCCAAGUUCCUCCAGGAGUGAUCCAAAACGGGGCGCGAGUCCUGAGCCGAGGCCUGUUUCCUGGCGUGCGGCCGCUGCCCAUCACUCCCAUUGGGGUGACGGCGGCCAUGAGGAACGGCAUCACCAGCUGCCGGAUGCGGACUGAGAGCGAGCCGUCAUGUGGCUCCCCCGUGGUCAGCGGAGACCCCAAGGAGGAUCACAACUACAGCAGUGCCAAGUCCUCCAAUGCCCGGAGCACCUCGCCCACCAGCGACUCCAUCUCCUCCUCCUCCUCCUCGGCCGACGACCACUACGAGUUUGCCACCAAGGGGAGCCAGGAGGGCAGCGAGGGCAGUGAGGGGAGCUUCCGGAGCCAUGAGAGCCACAGCGACACUGAAGAGGACGAGAGGAAGCACAGCCAGAAGGAGCCCAAGGAUGCUCUGGGGGACAGCGGGUACGCAUCCCAGCACAAGAAGCGCCAGCACUUCGCCAAGGCCAGAAGGGUCCCCAGCGACACACUGCCCCUCAAAAAGAGACGCACCGAAAAGCCCCCCGAGAGCGACGAUGAGGAGAUGAAAGAGGCAGCGGGGUCGCUCCUGCACUUAGCAGGGAUCCGGUCCUGUUUGAAUAACAUCACCAAUCGGACGGCAAAGGGGCAGAAAGAGCAAAAGGAAACCACAAAAAAUUAAAAACAAGUCACUGAUUUGUUUUGAACUUACGGCCAUUUGGUUUCAGCAUGUCAGGAGAUUUCUAAUGAUUUGUGGCAAUAUCAGCAAUUAUUUUUCUUUUUUCUUGUUUUGUUUUUGGUUUGGUUUUCUUUCUUUUCCUUUCAUUUUUAUUUUUUUAAUUUGCCCCCUCUUCUUUGUUUUGGACCCUUAAGAAUUUUAUUUUUAAAGGAGAUUGAAGCCAUAGAACUCAUAUUGACACUCAGCUGUUUUACAAAAGCUUUUCAUUAUCUGAAGACAAAAACCGAAAAAGCCAAAAUUACCAUUGCUUCCUCCAGCUUGUCAGAAACCUGUGGCUGAAUCCGCAGGGAUGUCAACGUCAAUGUCGCAGGAACACACAUUCGGCACCUAGAAGGCACCUGUGCAAAGUAGUCAUCGUCCAGGCCCAACCCUUAGGUUUAAAAUGUCAGGUUGUCCAUCCCAUUGGGUUCACUGAGUGAAGGCACAUAAAGCAAUUGAGGAGAAGGAGGAACCUCUCAUCUCCCUAGGAGCAGACCCAAGCCUGUGGCUCCAGGCAUCUGAUGGUGCCAGGAAAGCCGCUGGAAUUGUCACACGGCAAGCACAGAGGGCCGGCCACCAGUCCUCCGUGCUUCCAAACGCUGAAGCCCGAUGACGUCUUACGAGGUGGACAUUGGACUGUUCAUGUACAUCGGGUGUCAGUGACUCAUGGAGAAGAAAUGGGGUAAAUUUUUAGUGAUGUUGCUAAUCAUCGAAUUCUGUUCUCUAUUAAAUUAAGAAAAUGUUCCAAAAGCCAUAAGCCUGAAGGUUGGCCCUGUGCUCACACACACACACACACACACACGACAGAGACACACACAACAUACCACACACAACAUACCACACACAAGAAGGAGAGUGAGAGAAAACUGAUACAGAAAGCAAGCUGUGUAUUCUUAACUGCCCAAAUGAAAAGCAACCAAGUCCAGGAAAUUACAGUAGCUGUUAAGGAAAGGAAAUAAUGGUAUAAAUCUUUUUCUAUCAAAACUAUUUGAUCCAAGUGAAAAGAAAAUCAUAAACAGGAAGCUAUAGGACCUGCCAUGUGUAUUGUGGUGUAUUUUUAAAAGAUUAAAGGCAAAUUGACGGACAAAAAAAAAAAACAAAAAACAAAGUAAAACAUGGCACAAAAAAUAAAAUAACUCCUAUACUGUCCUCAAAAUGGAGUUUGCAAUUAAUGUCAGUCAGGAUUCAUCUUUGCAAAAAUCAGUGAUUUCCACAUUCAGCCAGUGUAGCCAGCAGAAAUUUCUGAUCCACAAUGCAUGGAUUCCUUUGAAGAAAAAAAAGAAAAAAAAUCACAAAAACAAACUUUUUUUAUUCAAAAGUAACAAAGUUCUUGUAAGGUAAAUAAUGUAUUUAGCAUGAAGCAUGAAUUAUUUUCAUAUAAAUAUAGAAAAUAGAGAAAAGGUGAUGCCUCUAAUUUUUAAGCCCUUACGCUUAGAGGUUCUUUUGGUUUUCUUCUUUUUUUUCUUUCCUUUGCUUUCUUUUUUUCCUUUUUUUUUUUGUUUGUUUGUUUUUGUUUGUUUGUUUGGUUUUGUUUUUUCUUUGUUUUUUUUCGGGUUAUUUUGUUUUGGUUUUUUGAAGCAGGUGUUUAAGGUUUAACCUUCUUCAGGGACAAAUUCUGACUGUUGGGGAACUUACUCUGCAAUAUAAAAAUAUCUUCACGCUCUGGUAGGGCUUGGAUGGUUGAACUCUGUACUGCCUUGUGUGCACUCCAGCCCCGACCCCCUCUGAUUCUCUGUUGAAAGUGUGUCCUUUUUCUCUGUCUGUACAUGUUUAACAUGACGCAAUAAUUUGAGGGCAAACUUAGUAGUGAGUGUGUAUGAUAGAAUCAAGAGAAUUAUGGGACGCUUACUUGAGAAAAUCAUUACCAUGAUUUGGUUCUAGGAAAAAGGCAGUGAAUAAUUAUGCAAAUUAGCCAGAAGAAGGGGAACCGUGCUAAUGGGCCUUAUUGGGUGAGGGGACGAGACGGGGUUCGUGUGAAGGAGGAAACGAUGGCGAGGUAGGAAAGGCCAGCCCCAGACGUUCUGUCGCCAGGAUGCCAUGUAGGAAGCAGGGGCCGGCUGUCGCUACCACUUCAGCACUCUGACCAACCUGGAAUUAAGACCACCUAGAAUUAAGACCACCUAGAUGGGGAGAGCUGAGUUUAGAAACCAGACGAUGUCAUGCAGCCAGAAACUCCUGUUGUUACCUUUGCCUAAGACAUUUUCUUGGGGGCGCUCCAAAGAGAAAUCUCUAAAAGAAUACGAUCUUCCAUCCAAGUGGAGAGAAAUUUUAAAACGCAAACACCCACUACUGUGGCUCAGGAUACAAUGGGUGAGGAGAGGGAGGGAACGGAGAUGACCUUAACUUUGAAAAAGGGGACUGCUGUGGGUCAAAGCCAAGCCCAUCUGCCAGGAUCAGGUAGUGUCAGAAGCUCCACCACCCCAGACAGUGGGAACUAACUGGUGCAUUCCCCACACUUACCUUCUGGUGGGUUGCUGAUGAGAGAACCUGAAGAAACCUACACCUCUAUACAGCAGGUCCAAUUCAUGACCUGAAGCUGAAUGAUAAUUCCAGCAUCUUUUUUCAGGGUCUAGAUGGGAAUCAAAUAUUUUUUGCAGUGCUCUGUUCCCUCUGUCUCCCCAAACAUCUGACACCCUAAAAGCCAUCCACAGCUAUGGAGCCUGAGCGACACCUUGAUUUGUGUUGUCACCUGACCAAGCCUAAAGACCUCCAGCUCAGUCUCCCACCUUCAUCCCACCCCGCCGACGAUAAAAUUCAGACCUCUCUCCUGAAAGGCAGAGGUUAAUAACAUUCAGGACUGUUUCUGGCCGUGGACUUCUUCCAAUUCACCACCCCCUCGCCCCCGCCACAGUGGGCUGUCUCCCCUCAUUUCAUUUUUCUAAAGGGGCAGAGGCCUCUUUUAGAAAAUAAUAAAAUGCAAUGUGUGUGAUUUACUUUUCUGAUCUCUUUAAGAAAUAGAGAAAUAUCUUAUAAAAGUGUGUUCUUAACUCCAGAACCACUCUUUUUGCAUAAAUACCUCAUCGGGCAGCUUUCUAAGUGUGAUUUUCCUGAGUCUCCCUUCGUUGGAUCUGCUGGAAGACUUGUUGGGGAACCUUUAGUGAGGGUACUUCUUCCUAUUUUUCUUCUGUUUUUGGAGGCAUACACAUUAUGCAUAACCAAAACAAUGGCUCAAUUGUGUUAGACUUUGUAUUUUGAUUGUUGAGAACAAAAACAAAAAGUAUCAAUGUGUAUGUGGCUGUUCUUAGUGAAUUCAUUGCAGAAUGAGGUUGUCCAUGUCCUUAACAAGCCAAGGGGCAGGAGGCACCCUCUCUCAUCCCCUCCUCCAAGAGCAGUAGAGAAUUUAAGCACAAGCCUAUUUGUGAAAGAAUAUUUUGCUUAAGUGUCGUUCACUUUCGUCUUGGAAUUCCUUCCCAAAUGCCAGGUGUUCUUUUAGCUUCCAAACUAGCCUAUGUAUCCAUUAGUCUGACAGAUCACCUGAACACCGUCAAGAGGUGUGGUGUUUUGCUUUCAUUUCUCCUGCUGGGAGAAGUGGCGGUUCAUGUGUCAUUCCAGUAUCUCACAUACUCAACACGGGGCAGGGGGGAGGGGGCAAUGGGGAACUAUAGCAAUAUUUAAAGAUGCUUUGGAAACCAACCGUGAACACAUCAGCACCAUGACAUCUACGAUUACUUGCUAUUGGCCCUCGGACACAUUUAAGAGAAAGAGACAGUCACUCUUUUUUUCUUAAAUGAUAUACACAUAGUUAUUUUUAUCCUGUUAUAAUUGUCUUAUCUUUGUCUAGUACUAUGUGGAAAGGGUUUGCAUCAUAGAUUUUUCCCAGCCUUAUAAUCUGCCAUAAGCUCCUACUUUCCUUCCCCUCUCUAAUCAGUAUUCUUUUCAAGAGUUCUUAGGUGAAGCCAUCUAUCUGAAACUAAAAUGAACCAAACCCAUGUUUCACUGGUGGUUGGAGAAAACCAUAGCCAAAAUGACUGUUGCAGGUCUCAAUCUUGGGAGUUUUUAAGAAGGAAUGUGCCAGAGGCCUUUCCCAGGAACAGAGUUUUGUUUUGUUUUGCUUUGCAGAGGCACUCAAUGUGUCUAGUGCUUGCUGGUCACAGCAGUUACUACUGGGGAGCCUUCUGGGAGGGGUUGUUGUGUUGAAAGAGGCUUCUGCUGGAGGGAACAGCAUCAGGCAGUGGGCUCUGUAGAGUAAGAACCAGGAGGAUGGCUUCUGUGUCCAGCCCAGAGCUGGACACAGCUGCACCACGCCAGGACUGCCCAACCUGAGGGCUCCUGGUGCAAGCUCCACUCACCCCACUCUGUGUGCGGGAGCCUUUCACCUCUACUGGAAGGGCUCUUGGAGAAGGAAUUGGAGUUAUGUACAAGUGACGUAAAUGGGAAGGUUUUGUAGAUGAGAUUGGAUUAAGUUCCAUGUGAUUUCUCUUUCCCUUUAAACUUAAUUCAGGUUGGGACUCAUUUCUUUCUGGUGGAUCACAGCUGCCCAGAUGUUGCAAUUGAUUUUUAUGUUUCUGUAGAGAAGUAUUUUUCUUUCACCUUCAGGAAUUUUUUUUUUUUUUACCACCAAAAGAGAACAUUGGAACUCUGUGUUUCCUCUUGAUUGUGACUUCCCAGUGUUGACAGUUAAGUCCUUAGUGUCGUAGGUCCCAGCCCACCAAUACUAUAUCAAACACUGUUAUGCACAUAAUGCAGCACUGUGAUCUAAUUUAAAUAAUACUUUUUUAUUAUUUAUACUACUAUAUAUAAUAUACAUCAACACUUUUGCUAUAUAACCUAAGUGAUAACCCUCUUUUAGUUACCUGCCAAACUCUGGACUUGGUUUAUAUUGCAGUUAACACAGUUACAAAGUUGUAAUGGUGUCUUCUUUUCCUUUGUAACGGAAUGUGUAAAUCAAAGUAUAUACAUUGUGUGGUGUUCCUGUUUCUGGAGUUUCAUGAGGAUUUACACAUGGCAUUCAGUGUUCUGUAUAGCUCUGCCUACCUUUGUGAAUUCAUCUGUUAACCCCUCUUCCUUUGAGAGAACACCGGCCGUGGUGGUGAACUCCUUGUGUUUUCUCUCUCUCCUACUGGUUAUUCUUGAAUUAAGCACAGACUCGUCAGCUCGGUUGCUUUAUCAUGAAUAAUGUGUGUGACCUUGAAGUUCUUCCACAGUUCAGCAAACAAGUGCUAGCUUCACUGACCAAAAAUUAAGGAAGGAAAACACAAUUUUUAAAACGAUCCAUCUUUUAACAGCCGAAACCGAUGUGUCUAUGGUGCUGCAUCUUGCUGUCGUACUUCUGAAAUCAGACCUGUGUGAACGAUCAUUUCUGACUUAACCAUGAGAUGCUCACGAGUACCCUUCCUGUUGUUUUGUUAGCGUUGGAAUCAAGACUAUUUAUUUGGAAUAUAUACAACAGUGUUUUUCCACUGUAUUUCAUUUGCAAAAGUUGAGAAAUGCUUUCUCUACCUUUUGCAAAAUAAUUGAUAUUCCAUAUUGGAUUCUCAAAGACUUCGAUAUGGUGAACCUAUUAAACCUAGAAAUUGUAUUCAUCCUUUUAUGACUGUGGCCUGAGUUCCCCAGCCCCUCUCCUCCUUUUUUUUUUUUAGAUGAGAUUUAGCACACUCACAGUUAUUUAAACAUUCAACAUUUCUUGAGUAUGUAUUUUGAGGCCAUCUGAGCUCCUAGCUGAUUCAGUAACCAGUUUCCUGCUGUGUCAUUCACACUCACUACUUAAUACUGCCAUGGUGAAAAUGUGGAGGAAAAAUGUAUCCAUGUGUGUCUGGGAAGCAUAUACACUUGUACAUUUUUUAAUACUCUGAUUCUAUAACAUUUCUGAGUUGUGUUUUGUUUUACAGAAAAAAUAAAGUGAUAAAGCAAUCAGGAGACCCAGAGGUUUACUAUUGAUGCUUAGGGUCGUCUGACCUUGGCUGGCCAAUAGACCUACAUGGCCAAAUUAAUUUACAAGAGUAAUAAUUUUUCAAAAGCCAAGUUUUUUUCUGUAUUUUCUGUAUGAAACUGCCAAUAUCAUGAAUAGAAAGGGAGAACCAUAAAGGAGAAAGAACGUGAUGUUCAGUUAUGUUCGUGUGAACCUAAAGAAACAAUGUGGAGGCAGGCGCAAUCAGCCGAACUCUAGGGACUUGAUGGUGUUGCUUGGAAGGCAUCCAUACCUGCAUUUUGCAUUCUUCGUAUGUAAUCAUAUUGCCAAAGACAAACUAUUUCAUCAUUUAUUGUAAAUAACACUUUUCCCCAGACCUAUCAUAAAGUUUCUGUGAUGUAUUGUCUUCCAGUUGCAAUAAAAAUUACUGAGUUGCAUCAAUUGAAGAAAA